UUACAGAAUCUGUUUCUUUCUGUUUAUAACACAAAAGUGUUCAACAUUAAGUUUGCCAGUGCCAAUCUUACAAGCACUCAGUUUAUCAGCAGCAGGUCAUCCUCCUGAAGUCAGCUGGUGCGUUAUCUCGAGUACCAAACCGGCGCUAUGAAGGGCACGAGCAGCUGCUGCAGGCUGCUGCUGCUGCUGCUCCUGGUAGCCGCGGCAACCGCAGCUGCAGACGUGUGUCGCUCUGAUCAGUUCAAGUGCGCCAACGGUCGCUGCAUACGCGACGUGCUGCGGUGCGACGGAGGCAACGAUUGUGGUCACGACAGCGACGACAGCGACGAGCGCGACUGCUGCAAAGGUGACCACUUCGUAUGUGGCGACGGCAGAUGCAUCCACAAGCGUAAUGAAUGCGACGGCUGGACCCACUGCGGGGACUGGAGUGAUGAGAAGCAUUGCGCGUGCCGCUCUGAUCAGUUCAAGUGCCCCGAAACCUUUCGCUGCAUAGACGAGGAGUUGCGGUGCGACGGAGUCUUCAACUGUGGCGACGACAGCGACGAGCGCGACUGCUGCACAGGUGACCACUUCGUGUGUGGCGACGGCAGAUGCAUCCACAAGCGUAAUGAAUGCGACAGCAGGAACAACUGCGGGGACUGGAGUGAUGAGAAGCAUUGCGUGUGCCGCUCUGAUCAGUUCAAGUGCGCCUACACCGGCCUCUGCAUAGACGGGGCGCGGAGAUGCAACGGUCGUCGCAACGACUGCGGCGCCUACAGUGGCGACAACAGCGACGAGUACGGCUGUGCUAACUGGCGACAUGGUUUGGCAAUCUUUGUCAUCGGCAUGCGCCGACUCGACCGCUUCGUGCUUGUGCACGACUGCAGUUUGAUCAUGAAAUCAAGAGAAGAUUGUGCCCCAAAGAACCCUGACGCUGUUCAACAUUUUCACAAUCUGGGCGCAACUGAAUUACAACUGACGCAGCUGCAGGCGUACACUGAGUACGAGGUGUGCGUGUACGCUUACAACGAGGGCAGACAGAACAAGAAGUGUGAAGUGUUUGAGACCCUACCGGAGGAAGUUUCUUGGCCCGUGGAGGAGUUGACCUCUUCCACGACGUCCACUUCCAUCAGCCUGCGGUGGAGGAAACCUUGUCCUCCCAUGGCCGCCAUCAGCGGCUACCGCGUCACGGUCACUUAUUACGUCCAGGCGUCUGAGUGCAGCGACAGCGCAGCCCACUUCUGCCACACCAUCAAGGAACUACAACCUGAACGCACGUACAACAUUGAGGUACAAAGCUGCACCGCUGAUGACAACCGCGCAUGUUCUGCUGCUAUGGCGACAGCCGUCACGACAGAACCAGCAGUAUCCUGCACCGCAGAGGAGCUGCAGUGCGGCGCCCUUUGCCUCCCACUCUCCGCGCGGUGCAAUGGCGCCUCAGAGCGCGACGACGGAGAGGACGAACCGCCGUCGCAGACCGCGGUCGUGCCAGCUGUACUAGUGCCAGGUGCAGCGGUGCCAGCUGCAGUGGUGCCAGGUACAGCGGUGCCGGGUGCAGCGGUGCCAGCUGUACUAGUGCCAGGUGCAGCGGUGCCAGCUGCAGUGGUGCCAG